AUGGAGACUGCAGAGCCAGUCUCAUCCUAUGACUUUCCUGGUCAUGUUGGAUCAUUCCCUCGUCGUAUGGAAUCAUCUCUAUACCCAUACUACUCGCACUCAUCAACUCCCUCAUACUCUCUACCCUAUCAUACUCCACCCACAACCACUCCAUACCACUAUGGAGGGCCUCUGAGUCAACCUUCACACCCAUAUGGUCAUUACAUGGUAGCCAGUCAGCCACCACUUACAUCACCAGUACGACUAAACCAACCACCACUACACUCUCUACCAGAGAUCCGACCCGCAAAGAACGCCAUCAACCAGGUACUCAAGAGCGUCGAUACGCGCGAGACCUCCCUGAAGAAGCCAUCAGGCUCGAGUAUCGAGUUCUCAACCGAAGUCGAUGUCCUCAUGAAAGCUAUUCAGGCGAAACCAGAAACCGGAACUGUGAUCUCACCGAUUCAUCAGUCCCUGCCUCCAUUGCAGCAUCUCGCUGCACCAGGGGGGGUAUCCCACAUUUCAUCAUCCCAUGUCUCCACCGCGGUGUAUGAUUGGUACAGAGCAGUUAUCUCGAUCCGGGAAGCGAAGAAAAGCUUCGCACAAAAGACUCAUUUGGAUAUUCAUACGCGGGCUCAUACGGGAGAUAAGCCAUUUAUCUGCAAAGAACCCUCGUGCGGACAACGAUUCUCACAACUUGGUAACCUAAAGACCCAUGAACGUCGUCACACAGGCGAGAAACCCUACUCCUGUGAUAUCUGCCAUAAGACCUUCGCACAACGGGGCAACGUGCGGGCGCAUAAGACAACCCAUUUGCAGAAUAAGCCGUUUACGUGUUUACUGGAUGACUGUGGCAAGAAAUUCACUCAACUUGGGAAUCUCAAGUCUCACCAGAAUAAAUUCCACGCUUCAACAAUCCGCUCCUUGACACUCCGUUUCUCGCAGCCACACGAUCACGGCGCUGUGAACGCUCAAGAUCGAGAACUGUGGGAAUACUUCGCAAGUCUCUACAAGAACAGUAACAAGGGCAUCAAGGGACGCGGGAAAGAUCGACGAAUCUUGACUACGAAGCGCGCAGCGACUAGUGAUACUUUACACCGGAUGGCAUCUAUGGAAUCAGAGGAUGAUCUGUCACAACAGAUGCAGAGAAGGGGAAGUUACGAUCAGCUUUCUAUGUAUACUGGUGCAUCUAGUGAUGGGGAUGAAUCGGGGUCGUACUACAUGGAUCGACGGGGUCAACAUUAA